GCUAAAGUCAUAGUUGAUUACUGAUUAUAUAUAUUUUCAUAUCCUUCGCGAAUUCCGUUGCAUAGACAAACUUCACCUCAAUAACAAAUUUCCUGACAAGCUUCGAAUUUACACAAAAAGAACUCACACACAAAAAUAAGUCUAAAUAGAGAAUGCCAAUUUCCGCCCCAAUUUGGUACUCGCCUCCUUCCCCAAUUCCUUUGACAUUUGAUCAAGACGCAUUGUGUGACUUGGGUACCAAUGCAUUCGAAUCUGCUUUUCCAUAUGUAUGUUCAAUCCUUGAGCCGCUUCAAUUUAAGACGUUAACACGACGACCAGGCAACCUGUACGAUCCCACAAACGGAAAGUAUAUAUACUAUAGCGCCAUAUCCAAGUCCAUAUCUUGAUACCAUCGAUACUUCUAUGGUUCCAGAAUUGGAUCAAAGCAUUUCGACAGAGAAUAGUAGAGCAAGUUUUGAAUCGGAAAGGAAUGAGAUGAAUGAGGAGAUGUCAGUUGAGACGGUAAGAGCUUAUAAUAAUUCCUUAGAUUGAGGCAAAUUCUGUUCUGGGCUGACGGACGAAACGUAGAAACGAAGUCAAAACCGAGCCUCUCGUGAUCGGAAACCCAAAUCUCUAGGCACUCGCACACGGGAGACAUCACAUGAUUCAGCAGACUCAGUAACGGAGAAAACUCCAGCUCAAAAGAUGGUAAGAACACUCUCCUAUCUUAUUGUCUUACCCUGACCAUUUCCAGCGGCGGCUUGUGCAAAAUCGCGUUUCCCAGAGGAAUUUUCGGAAGCGCCAAGCAAACGAACGUCAGCGACUUGAAGACCAGGUGAAAAUGCUCAGUACCGAGUUACAUAAUCUCAGUGAUAUGUAUCAAGAUUUACUGGCACGGUACGAGCAGGCACAGCGCGAAAAUUCGUCGAGUAGUGAGCUGAUAGGGGGAUGGGCGGAUGGUGUUGGGACCUUGAACCAAUUUAACCUUGGAGUCCUUGAAUGAAUCAAUGACCAUGGUGAUUUGGAGUUCUGUAUAUUUUUAGAUUGGCGAUUUCGCGGAAAAAGGAAUGUUCUUUCGGCGAACUUAACUUAUGGUGUUGGAUACAGGAUGAAGGGGCAAAACUAGAGCUAAUCAUGGGAUGAUAAUAGGAAAAAUGGAAGUGACCAAGACUAGGGAACUCUUCCUGAGCGGGGAUAAUACAAUAAUCAAA